AUGGAUGCCUCGUCAGAAGCGUUUAAGUCGAUAGAUGCGCAAGUUUUGCAACUCCAACAUAUCGCGCGGCUCGUCUACGAUUACGUACCCAGUCCUAACUUUUCCUUUGCUGGCGGCAUUUAUGUUUUGGGCCAGGAUGGUUUGGUCCAGUCGAACAUGAACACCUUUGAGAAGCCAACUGGACGAGAAUCAUGCUACCGGCGAUACCAUCAAGGAUACUAUCGAACUAAUCAACAAGCUCAAUUUCUGGGACGACACAAUGUUAAUAUUCUUUACCGCAAGCAGCAG